GUAGACAUCAAAAGAUGAGAUCGCAAAAUUGCUUGCUUCUUGAGUUCGGGUUAAUUUUAGUGUCGUCAGUUGUAUCUUCCAGUCCGCAAAACUAUUAUUAUAAUGGAUAUAUUCCCCCGUAUGUUUCGAUUGAUCGUUACGGCAAUUGCCAGGCACACGAUCGUCCUUUGGCUGGAAAAUGUGUGAAAUACAUGGAUUGCAUAAGUGCUCUGCAAUCUGUUCCCAGAGUAACGCCCUUAUUUUGUCCAUCAUCGUGGCCAAAUCAGUUCGUUUGUUGUCCACAUGGCGGAUACUUGAUUGAGGCACCCAGAGUGUCAAAGAGCGAAGAAGCUUGUGCAAACGCCUACCCAAGAGUUCAUCCGAAACGUCGUCGACGUCGCAGACAUUCUACCUCUAAACAAGAUCAAGUGGAAGUAGUUGAGCCAAUUAUACAAAAGCGCAAUCAGAGCGAUAAUUUCUUAGUGGGUGGCAGACUCACCCAUGCUGAUGAAUAUCCCUAUAUGUGCGCCCUCGGUUGGCCCUCCCGCGAACAUAGAUGGAUUCAUUCGCAUGGUUCGAGCAGACGGCGGUAUAGUUUCAACUGUGGCUGCGUCAUGAUUUCCCACUGGUUCGCCAUAACGGCAGCCCACUGUGCCAGCGUCGGCGGGGAACCCCCGUCUGUGGCGUUGGUUGGUGGCGUUGAGUUGAACGGCGGUCGCGGGCAGCUCAUCGAAAUCAAGCAGAUUACCAAACACCCGCACUUCGAUGAGGAGACUCUAUCCAACGAUUUGGCGGUGGUCAAGUUGGCCAGGAGAUCCCACAAAAAAGUGGCCUGUCUGUGGAACGAGGAAUCUCUGCCUGAAGGUCCAUUGACUGCCCUGGGUUAUGGACAGACCAAGUUCGCUGGUCCACAUUCUAACCAACUGCUGCAAAUUCUGCUGUAUCCUUUGAACAUUCAACAAUGCCACAGAUAUUUGAAAAGUGAAGACAAGUUAGUUAAUGGUUUGGGAUCGGGACAACUAUGUGCGGGCGAUUACUCUGGGAAUAUGGAUACUUGUCAGGGCGAUUCUGGAGGACCCUUGCUACUUCACAGUCAUAUGCGACAUCAGCAUCACCGUAUUUCAUAUGUGGUUGGAUUAACUUCUUUUGGAGGAGCCUGUGCGAGUGGAGAGCCGGGAGUUUAUGUGCGAAUAUCUCACUACAUUCAGUGGAUUGAAGAGCAGGUGUGGUCAUAACCCACCCCUUUACAAAACAAUUUUAA